GAGCACCAACCAGAAGUCCACGAAGAACAGCCUCACUGGAAACAGUGCCUUGAGUUCUUAUGGAUAACUUUGAUAUGGCUGUUAAUACUUAUUAUCAGCGACGGUACUUUAAGAGUCACACCAUUCAUGCCAUAAAAGAUAUGUUUCAUUAUAUACACAGCAUUGUGAGAACAGUCCUAAUGGAUAACACGUGGAAAGACCAUGCAAGUGAAAAAAUAGCUAGAGAAAAGGCUUCGUCUAUGGAAAUACGUGUUAGUUAUCCAAAAAAUCUUUUAUUCGUUUCUAAUUUCUCCAGUCUGUACUCAGAUCUGAAGCUUGGCAACGAAAAUUACUUCGAAAAGGUGUUGAAAGUGCGCAGGUGGUCAACUGACAAUUCCUUAUCUUUGCGGUUAAAUCCUUCUCAGAGAUAUGCGCUGGAGCUACGAAGAUUGUUCGAUGAAUACGCAAACGGAUCUUCUGCAAAGAUUAUUCACAACUAUGGGAAAAACAGAAUUGAAGUCCCAACAGGAAUUUUACAAAAAGCCUUUUUCAAAGAAAAUCGACCAGAAUCUUUGAAUUGGGGAGCAAUAGGUUUCCUUAUUGCCCAAGAAGCUACAAAUGCAUUCUUCUUUGAAGGUCAGCAUUAUGAUAGCCGAGGUAACGGCGUCCAAUGGUGGAGGCCCGGUGUUAGAGACGAUUUUGCAAAAAAAGAAAAUUGUUUCGAUGAGCAGUAUCGUGAAUACCUUCAAAAUGGCUAUGGAACAAAUGUAGUGCCACAUUCAACUUUUGUACCACCACCACAAUAUAUAACUGCAACUGCUGGUCUCAAAGCGGCUUAUCUGGCAUAUAAUAUUUCCACGAUAUCCGAAGAGAAUGAAUUCCUUCCGGGAUUGGCCUAUACGCCGAAUCAGUUGUUCUGGAUAAGUGCAGCACAAGUAAUGUGCGAGAAACCAUCAGAAGAAAAGAUUGAGGAACGCCUUCUCAAUGGAUCAUACGUGCCCGCGAAAUUUAGAGUCAUGGGAGCAGUGUCAAAUUUACCACAGUUUGCACAGGAUUUUAAUUGCCCAUUAGGUGCACCAAUGAAUCCAGAACUCAAAUGCCAAGUUUGGUAGGCAAGCUUCCUGAAAAUACUACAGUUUUAAAUUCUAAAUUAAUAUAUUACUAAUCUGCAAACGCAUUAUUUGCACAAAUGUACUGCAUGUAAAAUUUGUAAACAGUUUUACAUUGUAAACAA